UUUCAUUACUUUUUUGUCGUUUGAAUUCAACGUAUUUGAAGUAUAAUUAAUAUUUCAAUAAAGAUGGACGUCGGUUUUGUAAUAACAAAUACAUACAUAACAAAAUGUUAUUUUAAUCUUACAAGAGUGCAUGUUAUAUGAAUUAAAGUAAAUAUAGUUUAAAUAUUCAUUAGAAACGAUUAUCGAAAUAUUUGAAAGACGUAAAAUCAAAUUUGUAUGGUUGAAAGAAAAGAAGAGAAGAUGGGGCGCAAGUGAGGUUUAUACGGCAGUGUAAGUUGCGCCGUUGGCAGCAAAAUGGUGAAGAGCAGAGGGGGUUAGGAGCUUGCAUCGUUGCAGCGUUGCAGUUGUCCGCCAUUGCUAGGGAGUUAACUUGAAUACUAGGCUAGGCGAAGAUCUCGGUGCUUACCGCGUGCCCCCUCUCCCUUGCAUCGUGGAAAAAACUAUUUAGUGAUUUCGUGUUACGAUUUUGGGUAUUUUGAGAUCCGGGCGAUUUCGAAUCGGUCUUCGUUCGGAAGGAAUGGAGAAGAGACAACCGACAAUGAUUACGACCAGUGAAACGGGCUUACACGCCAAUCUACUAACGACGACGGGCCAGCGUCUUACUCCGACAGGCAAAAUCAGCCAUGCCAAGACGCGUGUCUACACGCAACGGUAUCGCAAAGAAUGGGAACAAAUGCCCGAUUUUAAAGGAUGGUUGACGUCCGUGCCGUUCCAAUCAACACGAGCUUAUUGUCUGUAUUGCAAGAAAAAUCUCCAUGCGCACCGACUUUCUUUGUUAAAACAUACAUGUACGAUGAAGCAUCAACGAUCAGCUUUGUCACACGAAGCGGAAGAAAAGAAAAAGGCUGCAGCUCGAAAGGCAAAUGCGGUAGAAGAGGUUGAAAUAGAAGAAGUCGAGGAAAUUGAGGCUAUUGAACAUACUCAAACUGAAGUAGAAGAAAAUGAAGAUGAGGUGGAAUAUGUUGUUGAGAGAUUAGAAACGGACGAUGAGCUAGAUGAAACUCAGAUUAAAGAUCCAAUCGAAGAUGUUGGUGUUGAAGCUGAGGAUGAAGAAGAAGAGGAAGAAGAUGAUGUAGAAGAUAUGCAGAUGCAGAUGCCUUCUGAUGAAGAAGAUGUUAAGCAUUCGAUAAAAAAGAUUAAGAUAGAGAGGGUGGAGAACUGCGAGGAUUCCUUGACAGAAGCUAUGGAUCAUAUGCAGAGUGAAUAUUUGGAAGAAAGUGAUAAUCAUGAAACUGUACAAAUGGAAAUAGUUGUAGAAUCAGAAGAUCAGAGUAAUUCAGAUAUGCAAGUUGUAUCGAUUCUUCCUGAUACUGAAGAUUCUAGUAAAGAAUCGUCAAAGGAAUCACGCGAAAAUGGAAGAGCGAUUCGACGAGGCGACAGUAAAUUAAAUAGAAAAUCUGCAAAAUUAUUGCAAGAUGAAUGCAAACAGCAAGGAGAUUCGGGAAUAAUGGUGGCAUGUCCGUUACCUAUUUUAGGUACAGCUUAUCAAAUUAGUUCCUCGGUCGCACCUAGUACUAACACCAUUGGUGUGCUUCAGCCAGUGAAUACAAUCCCCAUUGCACCUGCGCAAAGUAAAACGAUUACUUUGACGACGGGUGGAAAAACUCUGACUUUGACAGGUGGUACAUUCCAACCUGGUGCUCAGUAUGUGCUGAGUAAAUUAAAGGGUAAAUUUCCUACGUUGGUAAUGGCUGAUAAAAAAACUACAAUUGUAGCUAAUCAAGCAGAGGAUGCCGCGAAAGGCGCUCAGAUAAACAAGGAUCAGUUAGAUGUAGCGAGUACUAGUUAUCAUAGUCCGAAAAGACAUGUACUUUUAAAAACCGUUAAUAGUCCAACAAUUAAAAAGCCUCGUAUUUCAACUCACGUUGUGGACACUAGUAAAGGUUUACCAAUUGGUGGUUUGCAAGUUAGCCUUUAUAAGUUAAUGGAUGGGAGGUGGACUUUUUUAAAUGAAAGUAAUACGAGCCCGAAUGGUCGAUGCGUAGAUUUGGUGGAUAACAUGAAAGUUAAUUUCACAGCUGGACGUUACAAGAUUCACUUCGAUGUUGAUAAAUAUUUUACGCUAAGAAGGAUAGAAACAAUGUAUCCGUUUAUCGAGAUUGUUUUUGAUGUAAAAAACCCUGCUGGUCACUAUCACAUACCAGUGCUUCUGAGUCCAUUUGGUUACACCACCUACCGUGGUUCCGAAAGAUAAACAUUAAUUAAGUCAGCACGUGUUUAUCAAGUAUUUUAUUCUUUAUAAAGAAAUUAAAUUUCAUAAAAAUAAAUACAUUUUACGAUUUAACGUGCAGAUUAGGAUUAAUACACAACAAACGUAUUUUUAUUAAUACAUGGUUGGUCAUGCAGAGGAAACUACUAGGUGUAUACGAUAAUAAUGCCCGCUAGCUUUACGUUCAUAGUGUAUAUGCGUUGUUAAUUUACAGCUAUCAUUUUCGUAUACACCUAACAUUUGUAAUCUUGCAUUCAACGGCGUAAUGCGAAUUAGAAGGAGCAAAAUUCGUAUUCUUUUAUUUAUAUUUCUGUUAGUUGCAUUUUAUGAAAGAAGUUAUUAGUUGUAUGUGUGUGUAUUUGCUAUACGUGGAGAGAAUGUUAUGAAAAAAUGGAAGAUGUAUAAUCAUUUGUAGAAUUGUUAAAUUGUAAUAUCAAUAUUUGUGAAAAAAUAUAUUUUAUUUCUUAGUUUAUAAAAAUUUGAUAUGUUCGGAAACGAAUCAACUAGUUUGUCAACUAUUUUGCGAUUACUCGAAUGGUAAAUCGAGACCACCGGGACUACUAAACUGCCUUAGUAAGGGUACAUUCAUCGACAAGUUAGACAAAUAAAGUUGGGGGAAGCAUGCAAUUACGAUAACCAGACGAAACUUUUAUACAAGAGAUCGAAAAUAUAUCUUUUAUAUUAAUUAUAA